CCAACAGCGACGCGAUUUCUCAAGCGGAUUAUCAGACCCUUGGUGUGCAUAGAAAGCCUAAUAAACAAGAUCGUCUUAUUUGACUGGUGUUUUAUCAUAUGAGCAGAUCUCCUGAGUAUCUGACUAGUAUCAUUGCUCGCUCAGUCGUUUCCUACCUCGCCUCCUUGUUUGUACCUGCCGUUUACAGUUUCCAGCCAUGUCGUCUUCGCCAUCACGCUCCGGUUCGCCGGGCGUUGAAUCGGACAGAGAAAACAGCGGCCGCCCGCUUGUUGUGAGAGACAGAAGCAGUCGCGGUGCUGAAUCGUCAAAGCGGAAGCGGGGUCUCGCCAAUGGUGUAGACCGGGCAAGUUCUCGUCGCCGCACGGAGGAGCCUAGCGAUGCGUCGGACGGCAGCGAUGUGGAUGGCGAAGACUCGGAUCAAUACGAUCCAGAUCAGCCCAUUGAGGAGAGGCGUGAGGUCCAGCGCGGGCUGAGGAGGCUGCGGGAAGACGCCAGGAUAAACAGGGACAAAUACUUGCAACCUGGCGAAGGCGGGGUGCGACAACUGAUCAAGAAGGCAAACGCUUUAUCUGGGAAUGUCAAACAGACAGCUGAGGCCACAAUCGACUCGCGACUUUUGGUCGAGACUGUGGAAUUGUCCUACAAGAAGACUGCGUUGCUGACGUCUGGCGAUGCUGGUCAAGGUGUUGACGUCGACAGCUUUGUCACACAGUGCUUACGAUAUAUGCGACUAGGUGCCGGAAUCGCCGACGACGAGGCUCCAGAGCUCACAAGUACCCAGCGUCAGCGCAGGCAACCCAAUGGUAGACGACAACAGGCAGAUUCCGACGAUGAGGAUGAAAUUGGUGACGAGGGCGAUCCUUGCAAUUGGGAGCACCUUGGAAGAUUUGUCGGUGUGCCCAAUGUACGCCGGCCUGCUGCAUCUGGCUUCUUGCUGGGCCCGCUAUCUGUCGAAAAGAAGAUCAGGAAGAUAACCAAGAAGAGCGCUCCAUUCCGGCCCAAUGCUCUAAGGGAAACAAGACCAGAAGUUUUAGACGCUAGCGCAAUACAGAGGAAGGAGGAUAACGACCUGACUGCAAUUUGCCACAAGAUCCUACAGCGUCUGAAAGAGGCGCAGGCUGAAGCCCAGGACGCAGCAGAAGAUGCAUACAACGCUGGAGGCGAGGAGAAGUCAGAGGAGGUUAUGAAUCAAUAUGGGCUGAAGAGCACGGGUGGAAUGGACUUUUUCAGAUGCGUCAUCAACCCAAAGUCAUUUGGCCAAACGGUGGAGAACAUGUUUUACGUCAGUUUCUUGAUCCGCGACAACAGAGUCCAGCUUGAGGUCGACGAGAAUGGUCACCCGACCCUCGCUCCGAUCGAAGAACCGGAUCGCAACGAAACCGGCUCAAGGCAUGGUUCUCAAAAACAUCAAGCGAUCUUCCAUCUUGACAAAGCUCAAUACGAUGCAAUCGUGAAGGCUUACGACAUCAGGAGUUCGAUCAUUGAGCACCGUCAACAGCAAGGUAAUGCUGGACCAGGGGCCCGUGGAUGGUACAAUUGAUCGGAAAAUGGCAUUCCCGUCGUGUCUAGACCUGCGUUUCUCGACGGCAGCCCAGUGUUGGGCAUGGCCAAUACUCGAGGAGUUGCCCAUGCACCCGGACGUAUAUUAUACAACAAGUCAGUCGAAGCUACCAUAUUCACACCGCCGUUCUCAUGCUCUCCCGUUGCAAACACCCUUAUAUCGAAAUGAAUCACAACUAACAUAAGAAGACACAAAAUUUUCCCAAGCGCCCUUUUGCGGCUCAGCUCGGGAGCCUUCGUAGCCAUGAAGCAUCAUCUUGAAC